AUGGACAACGUCCCACACACAUGCGGUAAUCAAGGCUCGCUCGAUGAAGCAUUCGCGACGAAGGAAGUGCUAGGGAAGAGGAAGCGGACCUUCGGCGGAGGACAUCCAUCCACGGUCUCCGCUAUAAAUAACCUUGCAAAUAGGCUUGGACAUCAGGGGCAGCUAAAUGAAGCAGUGGUGAUGAAGAAGGAAAUGCUAAAGGAGAGGAAGCGGAUAUUCGGCGAAGAACAUCCUUCCACGAUCUCUGCUUUAAACAACCUUGCAAACACACUCGAGGAUCAAGGGCAGCUCAAUGAAGCAAUGGCGAUGAAGAAGGAAGUGUUCGCGAAGAUGAGGCGGACCCUCGGCGAAGAACAUCUUUCCACAAUCUCCGCUAUGAACAACCUCGCAAACAUGCUUGGACAUCAGGGGCAGCUAAAUGAAGCAGAGGUGAUGAAGAAGGAAGUACUAGAGAAGAGGAAGCAGAUCCUCGGCGAAGGACAUCCUUCCACAAUCUCUGCUAUGAACAGCCUCGCA